AUGUCUAAAGAUAGGAAAGAAGAGUUCCUUAAAAUAAAGAGUGAAAGGAGAAGGGAUCGGAUUAUGCAAAUAGAUGUACAUAAGAAAGAUGAGUUGCUUGAAAUUAAGCGUGAGAGGGAAAGGGACAGGUAUGCGCAAAUUACUUUAGAUAAGAAAGAUGAGUUGCUUGAAAUGAAGCGGGAAUCUUUACAUUGUGUGCAGUGUUCACUGUUUAAAGCAGUACUUACAUGUUUCAUUUGUUCAUUGGAUGGCCCCAACAUAUACAUCUCAGGUGGUGGAUCCAAGACAUCCACUACACAGCCAGCGCUCAUAGAUCCUAAAGAACGUAAGAGGCGGAGAGAAAGGGAGCGGUACGCGCAAAUGUCUGCAGAAAAGAAAGAAGAAUUACUCAGAAAGAAUCGCGAGCGGCGUAAGAAUAAGAAAGAUGGUUCAACAAUUCUCACUGCAGAUUGCCGUGAAACAUCGAAUCCUAUCUCGACAACACCUGGCAUUCCAAGUGUAUGUGGGCAAUCUUGCACCGCAUGGAACAGGGAAAAUGUUGCUCCUGGCGAUGAUACUUUUACAGCUGGUAGUGGCAUUGAAAGUUUCACGAGCAGUGACCAUCGGGGUUCUGAUCUUGAGUCAGACCGUAAACGUCAAAAGGGUCGACAAUGGUACGCGAAAUUAUCAGACGAACGUAGAGCGGAAUACUUACACAGCCUGCGUAUUAGCCGCCAACAUAAAAACUCUGGUGCACUCGUGGAAAAUGAUCAAGAAGUGGAAUCAAAUACUACGCACAUCACAAUUGGAACGCUUGAUCCUUUGGAUCAUGCUGAUAUUCGACCAGAUCCUGAUAACGAACUAUGUGAUUCGCUUAUUUUUGAACCACUGGAACUACAUUCGUCGGAUGAAGAGAAACUCGAGGCAGUCCAGGAUGUUCUCGAUGAUUUCGAUGAUGAAGAAUGGAGGUUAUUUCGUGGACAAGAUGUUGUUUUUGAAUCAUACGUGGUGGAAGGUCCUGAUAGUGUGGGUAUGCAAGGUUAUGAUCCGUCUGACCGCAUCUACCAAAAUCUUCCAAAGAAGCAUCAUGUUUUAAGGGAAGCCAAAAACUGCCCGUAUUGUGGAGCCAAACGGUUCCAAUAUGAGGGACUUGCUUUUUGUUGUAGGAAAGGGAAGGUUAAAAUCUUCAUUCCAGAUGUACCGGAUGAGUUGCGACGAUUGUAUACGAGCCUUGAUGAUGACGAUGCAAAAUACUUCAGACAACACAUACGAUAUUUCAAUUCUCAUUUCUCCUUUACAAGUCUUGGUGUUACACUUGAUCGUCGAGUCAGCACUGCUGCAGGAACUGGUAUAUAUACAUUCCGUGCACAUGGUCAGCUAUAUCACCGUUUGGACCAGCUGGUACCUUGUGGGAAGGGUCCACGACACCUGCAGCUAUACUUCUAUGACACUGAUGAGACAAUGGAACACAGAGCUAAGAGGUCUCCUGGUCUUGAUAUCAAUUUGAUCCGGAAGAUUCGGAGGAUACUAGAGCACAACCCCUAUGUGCAGACCUUUCAGAAUGUUGGUUCUGCUCCUAACCUCCAUGAUUAUAGGAUUGAGCUGAACACGGAUAUUGCAUUGGACCAGCGAAGGUACAAUGCCCCCACAGCUUCACAAGUUGCUGCUAUCUGGAUGGAAGGGAAUGAUCCACAAAAAUGUUUCGAUAGAAGUGUUAUAGUGUAUGGAAAAGCCGACAAACCUCGGUAUAUUCGGGCAUACCAUGGGUGCUACGAUCCGUUGGCCUAUCCUUUGUUUUUCCCUGGUGGAGAAACAGGAUGGCAACGUAAGAUGCUUUAUGAAGGCCCUGACCCAGUAGAUUGGCCAAACAAUUAUGAUAACAAUGAUGAUGACAACAGUGACGAGGAAGAUGGUUGUAGCGAGUCUAGCAAACAUGUCAGUGCUAGGGAAUAUUAUUGUUUCAAGUUGCAGAUCAGGCUUGGGGAAUUUAACAUACUGUUACAUGGGCGCCGUCUUUUCCAACAGUGGGUUGUAGAUAUAUACAUAAAGAUAGAGUCUAUGAGGCUCGAUUGGUAUUCGAAACCAGAGAAUCAAGCUCUCAUACGUGCAGAUUUGUACCAGGGCAUUAUAGAUACAAUUGUUGCUGGUGAAGCGCGUGCUUCUGAGGUUGGUCUAAGAAUUGUUCUCCCGCGGACUUUUCCUGGAGGAGAUCGAGACGUGCAAGCACGAUUCCUUGACGCAAUGGUUUUAGUGACCCGGUUUGGUAAGCCUGAUUACUUUGUCACAAUGACCUGUAAUCCACAUUGGGAGGAGAUAACAAGGCAACUAUUACCGGGCCAGACACCACAAGAUAGACCAGAAUUGGUUGCGAGAGUAUACCGGGCUAAGCUGCGUGAUUUACACGAUUUUUUGAUCAAGAAGAGUCACUUGGGUGAGGUCGCAUCAUAUGCACAUGUUACAGAGUUUCAGAAGAGGGGUUUGCCACAUGAGCACUUCUUAUUGAUUAUGGUCCCUAACAGUAAGUUAAGCAGUCCUGAUGAUUACGACAAGGUUAUUUCAGCAGAGAUUCCUGAUCCUGUCAAAUACCCUGUAUUGCAUGAUCUGGUUAUCAAGCACAUGCUACAUGGACCAUGUGGUGCUCUGAACAAAAAAUGCCCCUGCAUGAUAGACGGACAUUGCCGUUUUCGUUAUCCUCGACAAUUCUGUUCGGCUACACAGCAAGGAAAAGACUCUUAUCCUAUAUAUAGGAGAAGGGAAGAUGGCCGUCGAGUGGCGACCAGGGGUGCUGUAUUGGAUAAUAGAUGGGUGGUUCCGUACAACCCCACACUGCUUAUGCGGUAUAACUGCCAUAUUAAUGUCGAAGUUUGCUCAAGCAUCAAGGCAGUUAAGUACCUAUACAAAUAUGUCUAUAAAGGUCAUGACCGUGCAUCCUUCUCAGUCGAUCCACCAGAUCAAAAUGGUACAGUAAUCAACGAGAUUCGACAAUACAGGGAUGCAAGAUUCAUAACUCCCCCCGAGGCCGUGUAUCGGAUAUUUGGUUUCCCUUUGUAUGCCGUAUCUCCUUCUGUUUUGCAACUUCAACUACAUCUGCCAAACAUGCAACUUGUGUCAUACAGAGCUACUGAUAACCUGAAUGAUGUGGUGAACCGGGAGAAAUCUAAGAGGUCGAUGCUUACUGAGUAUUUCAAGAUGAACCUGGUGGAUAGCAAGGCACGUAAAUUGUUAUACAAAGAGUUCCCGGAGCACUUCCGGUGGAUCAAGUCCGAUAAGCGCUGGCAGGCAAGGGUAAAGAGGCCGCAGGUUGGGAGAAUUGUGUAUGCAAACCCUGCUGAAGGGGAGAGGUACUAUUUACGUGUGCUCCUCAACCAUGUGAGAGGUGCAACUUCAUAUGAGAACCUUCGUACUGUACAUGGGAAAACCUGUUCCACCUUCAGAGAUGCGUGCGAGAUGAUAGGGCUCGUAGAGACUGAUAGAUCCCUCGAUGAAUGCUUGGCUGAGUCUACUACAUUCCACAUGCCUUGUGCACUGAGAAGGUUGUUUGCGAUAAUUAUUGUAUUCUGCGAGGCGACAAAUAUCCGUGGCUUAUGGGAAAAUCAUUUUGAAGCAAUGUCCCAAGAUUAUCGUCGUACACACAAUGAUGUAGCAAUGGUUGAGCAACUGGUGCUUAGGGAUAUUAGAAACGUGGUUCAUUCAAUGGGCAAGGAUGUAAGGAAUUAUGGUCUUCCGGAGGUUGACGACUCAGGUGAUGUCCUUGCGUAG